AUGAGGGGAAGAAGGAUCAAACAGGCUAAUAUUUCCAAGCUACAGUCGCUGACCAGGGAACAUACACCUGUGGUUUCAACUGCAGAUAGUAGCUCAAAACGCAUAUAUAAUUACACCAAUGUCUCCUUACCCCCAAAGGUGGAAGAACUUUUACAGUUCGGCCCAAAGUUCAAUGUUCCUUUUUUGAAGAAAGAAAUACCUGUCCCCAGAAUUAUAGCAGAUGUUGAAUAUUACAUAUCCUCUCGCGAAGUGAAUGAAACUUUUAGAGAUACUUUAAGAGCAGAUUUUGUUAACCUUCUUACUAACCACUUACACAGAGUCAAUGGAAGGGUAGAUGUCCAUGAUAAGAUGGUGAGGAAUUUUAAUAUAACGAAACGGUUUCUUAAAGAUAACAAUGACAUCAUAGUGAACAAAUCGGACAAGGGUGGAUCAAUAGUGAUCAUGUAUCGUGAGGACUACGUUAACCAUGUUAAGGGAAUGCUGAGUGAUGUGAACACAUAUAAAUUACUCAAAAAAGAUCCCACAUCUUCGUUUCAAAAAAGAGCAAAUGCUCUUGUAGACUCUUUAUUUGAAAACUCAUUCAUUUCUGAGUUUGAAAAGAAAAAGUUAAAAAAACACAACUCGGUUCCUCCCCGACUAUACUGUCUGCGGAAAACACACAAGGAAGGUCUACACAUGAGGCCGAUAGUCAGUGGAAUUAAUUCUCCCUCAUCAAAUAUUGCAACAUUCAUACACAACACGUUAAGUGAUGUAGCAACUACAUUUCAACACCAAGUGAAUAGCUCUUUUGAGUUUGUUGAAUUUUCGAAAAAUGUUGUCUUACCUGACGGAUACGUCUUGGUUUCAUUGGACGUCACUUCUUUGUUCACUAAUAUCACACAUGCCCUCACUGUACAGAUCAUUAAAAAGAAUUGGCAGACAAUAUCAGCCUAUACAUGCCUGGAUAGAAAAACUUUCCUGAUGUUGGUUGACUUUCUGUUUGAAUCCAGUUAUUUUAUGUUCAAUGGAGAAACGUACCUACAAAUUGAGGGAACAACUAUGGGUGGCAUUGCGAGUCCCAUUUUUGGAAAAUUUGUAAUGAAUGACUUGGUGAUAACAGUUGUGUCCCAACUACCCUUUCCUGUGCCUUUUGUCAAGUUCUAUGUUGAUGACUCUGUCAUGGCUUUACCAUUUGACAUGAUUGAUGAAACGGUAAAAAUUUUCAAUAGCUACCAUGACAAGAUACAGUUCACGUUUGAAGUGGAAACUGGAGGUUCUUUGCCCUUUUUGGACGUCUGCUUACACCGUACGGAAGAACAAAAAAUCAUAACGAAUUGGUAUACUAAACCCACCAGCUCAGGUAUCAUACUUAACUAUUUAUCAAACCAUGCUACCAGCUAUAAGAUCAGUGCUAUUAACAACUUACUUCACAGAGCAAUCAACUUGAGCAGCCCCGUGUAUCAUGACCUAAACAUAAAAAAAGUGAAACACAUAUUACGAGAUAAUAAAUACCCCAAACCUUUCGUUGAUAGAAUUGUUUCAGAACUUCUACGUAAACGAAACAAUGACAAAACUGUCAAUACAACCACAAUGAGUAAAGCUUACUUCAAAUUUCCGUAUGUCCCAGAACUGUCCCAAAAAAUCAAAAGAACCCUUAAAACGGAAAAUAGUGAGCUAGUGUUUUACAACAUGAAAACAGUUGGGUCGUUAUACAGCAAAAUAAAAGAUCCAAUAAAUAAAGAUCAUAGAUCAGGAGUGAUAUAUGGGAUUCCAUGUUUGGAUUGUGAUAAAAUGUAUAUAGGACAGACGAGACAGUAUUUACAAAAUAGGAUUAAACAACAUGCAUACGAUGUCAGAGAUGUGAAAAAUAGAGAAAGGACAGCCUUAUGUUCACAUUUUUUCAAAGACGAUCACAGGCCUAAUGAAGCAAACGAGAGUUUGCGAAACGUUGCUGAAUAUACUUUAAGAUCUUUUGAGACUCAGCAAAUAUACCUGUUAGAAAAAAUCAUACAGCAAGAGAUGACGUUCAGAUACUUGGGAAUAGAGCUCUGUAGUUUCGGGGAUGUAGAGUCCGAGGUGAGACAACAGGUAAAUAAGGCAAUGAGAACAGCUGGAUGCAUGAACGACACCAUAUGGAGUAACAAACACUUGCAAACCGAGACAAAGGCAAGAAUCUACAAAGCUACCAUAAGACCAAUAAUGACGUACACAGCAGAAACACGACCAGACACAACAAAAACUAAGAGGUUGUUGGAAACAUGUGAAAUGAAAAUCCUAAGGAAAAUAGCUGGAAAAACGCUAUUAGAUAGAGAGCGCAGUGACAACAUAAGGAAAAUGUGCGGGGUGGAAGAGGUGAAUGAGUGGAUCCUGGGGAGAAAGCACGAGUGGAAUGCACACAUAGACCGAAUGGAUCAUGAGAGAAUGGUCAGAAUUGCACGUGAUAAAUCACCAACUGGAAGGAGAAGUAUAGGAAGACCGCGAAAAAGGUGGAGCGAUAACCUAACUGCCAACUGA